AGUUCGUUCUGUCUUUAGACUUUGAGAAUAGUUGAGUAGUUACCGUAGUCCAUAGAUAGGGACAGGGAAUAAAAUAAGAAAAACAUAUCCAUAUGUCCAAGUUAACAGCUAAAUUCUUUCUGUGCUUGUACCGGUGCAUAGGCCUAUCAGCCUAUUCACUAAUUCAGCUAUUACCGGUACUGUAUUAUGGAAAUACCACUAUUAGGCUAUAUCUUCCGAUUUCAGAAUCUUUUGAACUUGUAACUUACAGACUUAAUAAAGCAAAACUGGUAAUAUCCACACCUUCUUAUUGGAAUCAUGGGUCUCAGUGAUGCAGAUGUUAAGAAGCAGAUUGACCAUAUGAUUGCAUUCAUUGUGCAAGAGGCAGAUGAGAAAGCGGACGAAAUUGAUGCCAAAGCUGAAGAAGAAUUUCAGAUUGAGAAGGGUAGGCUUGUUCAACAGCAGCGUCAAAAAAUUAUGGAAUUUUAUAACAAGAAAGAAAAACAGCUUGAACAACAAAGAAGAAUACAACAAUCUCAACUGGUGAAUUCCGCUCGACUGUCUAUGUUGAAAAAGAGAGAAGAGUAUAUUGAUAAAAUUUUAGAGGAAGCUCGAGAUGGUCUUGGUGAAAUUCGGAAAAAUCCGCAGCAAUAUCUUGAACUUUUGGAAGGAUUAAUUUCCCAAGGAUUGUUUCAAAUCUUAGAAGGCGACAUUGCCCUAAAUUGCAAAAGAGAUGAUCUCCAAGCUGUCAGACAAGCAAUACCCAAAGCAGUUGAACGCUUCUAUGAAUCUUCUGGUAUAAAAGCAAAGAUUAUUGUUAAUGAAAACCAGUUUCUUGGUGGAGAUGUAUCAGGAGGUGUUGUCAUGUCUGCACAUGGCGGUAGAAUAAAAGUAGAAAACACAUUAGAAUCCAGGCUUAAUCUCGUUAGCAAACAGAUGAUGCCAGAAACAAGAGAAACAUUGUUUGGACAGAAUAGAAACCGGAAGUUCAUGGACUGACUUGCAUUUUCGUUAUUCUUUCCAAAAUUAGAUCAAUAUAAUAAUAUUAUAUUUUGUGUUCAAUGACUUUCAGUGCUCUUGGUGACCACAGGGAUAACUCUAUACCUUUCAUUAUUUAUAAUAUAAUAAUGAAAUACCCAAACCCAAUAAUCAGGAAAUUGUUUGUGUGACACUUAUUGUUCAUUAUUAUAGUAUAAUGAUUAUAAAGAUGCGUGUUAAACCAUUUAUUUUUUUCAAUUUUGUGCUGGCAGCUGUUUUAAACUUGUCUAACAUUCCAAAUAAAGUAAAUGAGUUUGCUUCAGUCUGAGGAACUUAUGUUUUGAAUCUAAAUCAUAAGUGAUGUUUAAGUGCACCUUGCCAUCUGCUAUUUUUGUAUAUGCUGUUUGACUACUUUGCUCUUAAUCAAUCAAUCUCUAGUGAUUUGUUUGUCAUUAUUGAUCCAGUAUACAAUAUAUUGUUGUUUGUACUGUUAAAAUUCCAGACUUUGUUCGUCCCCUCCUGCUGACUUUUUAUUUAUCCAUAUUCGAACAGUUAAUGGCUAUACAUGGUGGAGGAGUAAAAAGUCUAUGAUGGACCUUCAUGUUUCGAGAUAUUACAAGUUGUAUUCAUCGUAUUUGGGCUGUCCUGUUGUGCAAUGUUGAAACAAGUUCCUAUAUAAGUACAUUAUUCCUAUUGUUUUUUUAUUGUAUCAUUAAACGUCGCCUAGAAUUGUU